AUGUCACAAACAGAUUGUAGACGGAGCAAAAAGGACGCAGAACCAUCCAAUGAUUAUAACCAAGGCAGCGCGGUGUGGUCUCAGGGGAUUUCGUGUGAUUCCUGCGGCAGCGAAUGCGCUGCUGCUUGCGGAACACGCCACUUCCGGUCCUGCUGCUUUAAUUACCUGCGGAAGAAGCGGCCCGAUAACAUAAAAAUGCGCUACUAUUUCAACGACGGGAGGCGCCAAGAACUGCCGGUUUUCCGGGAGAACAUCCCGGAUGACAGAUACAAUUGGCUUUCAAAUGAGCACUAUGGAAUCUUCGACGAUGUUGACGACAGAGAAUAA